UUUAUCCCUGGAGUCUUAAAGGACGCAGUUGAGGGGCAGACAGUGGAGGAGAGGCUGGUGGAGACUCAAGCUCUUUCUUAGAAUCAUUUAGUUUAAUUUUAGGUUCUCAGUAUGGACUUUAAGGCAGGGUCUCUUUGGCCUUUGUUAAUUAGACGCCAGGGUUGGGGAAACAAUAAUGACACAUGCCCACUGCGUCCAGCCUUCACCUCCCUGGGUGUCACUAGCCCCAGGCCCCACCUCGCUGUGGAGAAGAGGCAACAGAUGACUUGGGGACAGCUGAGCUGCUGGGUGGUGGCAGAAGCACUGUAUGGAUCCAUCAAACAGGGGCCUCCAGUUUAACACAAGACAAUCACGUCUGUUUUCCCCACAGUCCAGAGUGGGGCAGGGUUCAGCAACUCUCAGCCCAGGCUCCAAAUCCAGCUUGCAAAGCUCAUGAAUUAGAAAUGUUUUGUUUUUUGUUUUUUUACAUUUUUAAAGCAUUACACACACACACACACACGAAAUCCCAUGAAGAAGAAAAUGUGGCAGAAACUGUGUUUCAGAGUUCACACUAUCUGCAGCCUGGCUGUCUGCAGAAACAGUCUGCUCCAGGAAGACGUUAGCUGUCCCCCUCAGGGAGUCCAGGCUCUUCCCAUCUUUUGGCUCUAGGAUGGGGGAAGAGACAGUGGGGAGGGACACUGCUCUGAGACACAUCACCGGUGGGUGCCGGCAGGUGAGGAUGUGGUCCCCGGCCCGGAGGCUGCUCCUGGCAAUGACUGUGUGGAGGAAGCCACGCAUGCAUCUUUGCUUUUCUCUCUGCCUGAAAUACCCCACUUCUUUACUCUUUCUCAUAUUCUGAGUAACGAAGCAGAUUCUUUCUGUGUAGCUAAUCUGCCCAAUACCAACCCCACAGUCUCUGGCAUCCUCUCUUCAGGCCUGAGUGUCUUCAGCAAUCCUGCACUGCACAGACCUUGCGUUGGGUGCCCAGGGCACCUGCUCUGCCUGGAUGCUCCCCCCCGCCCCCGUGCUUCCUGGUGCAGAGCAGGCAUUCUGUGCAUGUUUUGGCCUGAUUUGCAUACAGAUUUAUAGGAACAAGGGAAGGAGGAGAAGGCUUCUGAAUGAAGACAGGACUAGCAAACUUGAGCCACAGCUGGAAGGACAGGGAAGACUGAGAAAGAACACUAGCAGUUCAUCUCUAAGACGGCCAAAGUGAAGAAUCUACUGAUGAGUUCCUGGCCUCACCCAUGCCACCACAGACAGCAAACUGAACCCAGAGAACCUGGCCAUCAUCUUAGUGGUGGGCUUGGACCACCGGCUAAGGAGACCCAUGUGUUUCUUCCUCGCACACCUGCCCUGCCUGGAAACCUGGUACACCUCAGUCACGGUGCCCAAGAUGCUGGCUGGUUUCAUCCGGGCACAUGGAGCCGAGAACAUCUCCUAUGCUGGCUGCCUGUCCCAGCUCUUCAUCUUCACUUUCUUUGGGGCAACCGAGUGCUUCCUCCUGGCUGUCAUGGCCUAUGACCGCUAUGUGGCCAUUUGUGUGCCUCUCCGCUAUGGGUCCUUGGUAUCCUGGGGCACCUGCUUCCACCUGGCUGCAGCUUGUUGGCUAGUAGGCUUCCUCACACCCAUCUUACCCAUCUACUUCAUGUCUCAGCUGACAUUUUGUGGCCCCAAUGUCGUUGACCACUUCUUCUGCGAUGCUUCACCCCUGCUGGCCCUGUCCUGCUCAGAUGUCACCCUGAAGGAGAUUGUGGACUUCCUGGUAUCUCUGGCUGUGCUCCUGGUCUCCUCCACAGUCAUCGCUGUGUCCUACGGCAACAUUGUCUGGACACUGCUCCACAUCCGGUCAGCGGCCGAGCGCCGGAAGGCCUUCUCCACCUGCAUCGCCCACCUGGUUGUCGUAAGCCUCUUCUAUGGCACACUCUUCUUUAUGUAUGUCCGGACCAAGGUGGCCUCAUCCACCAAUUUCAACAAGGUGGUGUCUGUCUUCUACUCUGUUGUCAUGCCAAUGCUCAACCCUCUCAUCUACAGUCUUCGGAACAAGGAGGUGAAGGGGCCCUGUGCCGUGCCUUUUCCCUCAGGGUUUGGAGGGGGUAAUGAGGAGGCAGAUGGGGUGACUCAGUUUCCUCACCUUGGAUAUUUACAGGGACAGUGAUGAGGAUUAGAAAAGAGCCAUACAUGUAUAGUUAUGAGUUACAGACUAUAAUAGAUAAAGGAAAAUGCUGAGCUGCUACGAAAGGAGAAAUUUAACUACAGGGGGCUUAAAGAAUGAAGCAGAGUUUCUCUUUCACACUAGAGUCCAAUGUGAGUGAUCCAGGUUGAUGCAUAGCUCAGCUCCACCAGUAUCUCACGACCCACGUUCCUUCAGUCUUUUGGGGCCAGCAUCCCCUAGGUGUUGGCAAAGCCAAGUCUGAGGGCUGAAUCUGGCUUAGCACUGGCUUUUUAAUGGUCUGUGAGCUAUGAGUGGUUUCACACUUUUAAAUGAUUGAAAAGAACUCCAAAGGAGAAUAAUAUUUUAUGACAGGAAAGUUUUAUAAAAUUCAAAUUUCCAUGUCCAUAAAUCAGGUUUUAUCAGAAUAUAGUCACACCCACGUAUCUCACCCUGAUGACAUAUGAGGCUGCCUUUGUGCUACAGUGGCAGAGGUGACUAUUUGCCAACCCCUGACCAAGAGCCUUCCUGUUACUUACAUGGUUAAACUGGGCAGGAGAGCAAGGAUAGAGCACGAAACAGAAACACCUGUGUCUCAGGGAUCUCCGGGCACAGUGCUGACCACUUCUGCUCACCUCAGUGUGAGAAGUGAGCUAGAGGUCAUCCCUCUUUGCCAGGGGGGCAAAAUAUUCUACAGUUGGGCAGCCAGACACUCAGCUGCCAUCGAGCUAUGGGAGAAAAAGAGGAGAGCAAACUGGGUAGACAACCAGCAGUUUCUACCACAAACAGAACCUCCAGCAUCAGAGCUGGGUUUUCAUGAGAUGGAUGCACUUAGUCUUUCCUGGGUCCACAUUCUCUUAUUUGGAACAGAAUGAUCUUCCUUCUCUAUCAGAUGAUGUUUGGAAACUGGCCUAAGGAGAUCUCUAGGGCAAUGUCAACUCUCUCAAAGUAGGUUUAAAAAGACAAUUAUAAUUCAAAUAAUCCCCUACAUGUAGAUAGCUGCGUUUCUAAAGACAUUUGCAGUCCCCAUUUGCAUAUGGAUUCCAAAAUCACAGUAAGUAAAAGAGGAAACUGCUGAGCUGGGGUCUGGGUGGAGGGGAGAGAUCUUCUCAGCUGCACAAUAAUGGGCACAUCACAUUACAGUGCCAUCAGUGUGGCUUUGCCCCAUUACAUCUGAGCUGUAGCUAUUUCUGUAGUUAGCAGGGAGGACACAAAUAAUGCAUUUUAAACCUUUCAGGAUUCAACAGAACAGUUCCUCUGAAGGAAAGAGGACUAUAUACUUUCAAAUACCUGGCCCAGGUAGAGAUGGACACAAAGUGAAUUAGACUCAGGUUUCUAGCUGGUGAAAACAAUGCAGAAUAUGUUUGGUAUAAUUGGCAACAUUUAUAGUAGCAGAAAGAAUUAAACUUUUUUUUUGUACAGGGGAUUGAACUUGGUACCUUGUGCUUGCGAGGCAGGCGGUGGAACCACUGAGCUCAAUCCUCGACCCCAGAAAGAAUUAAACUUUAAACACAGGACUGUAUCUGGAUUUUGAGGAUAACUCUAAGAAUGACUUUAUGGGAAGUAUCAGUAAGGAUUACUAUUUGUUAAUCCAAGUUACAUAAAAUGAUAAAAACUCUGAAGCAUCUCUUAGAAAGGAUCUGAUACUUGUAAAAGUGUAUUUUACUUUAAUGAAACCUGAUACAGUGAACUAGUCUGGAAAAACCCCAUUUUUGUGAGUGUGAGUGUUUACAUUGUAAAACUGAACUGAUUGCUUUUUUAAAAAACACACCUACCUACCAGAGCCUGGGUUGCAUGAUUGUAUAGGUGCAGACAGCUCAUGUUUUUAAAGCCAUUUCCAAUGGCAAAUCAAUCUGCAAUAAAGAUAUAUUAUGAAAUCAUGUCAGAGAAAAUGCAUAUUUUUGUGAACAGGCCAUGUCUGAAGAUGCAAAUGCUCUUUGGGAUAUAUCUGUUCAGUGUGAGGCACCAGCUCUGAGAGCUGACUAACAUAGACACGACUUCAUUAGUACACGGAGAACUCACAGGAGUGCUUCCGGGUAGACAACACUUACAAAUACCAGGUCCAGUGAAGAGUGCUGCCUCUGUGGGUUUUGCCCCUCUGGGUGCUGGGACACUGACUAAUUGUUGGGUAGGAACUACCUGGUAGCCAUCCUGAGAAGGUCUUUGACUUGGGAUUUGGUGAGAAUGACUUGGUCUUCAUCCUGAAAUUAGGAUGCUGCAGUGUUCAGCACAGCAUUAUGUGAACAGAGCAGAGGUUUAGCUAUAGGUGCACGCUCCACGGAAUCCGUCCAGGCCAUCCUAUAUGUGUCCAUGCUGUUCUUAUCCCUGGCACCCAUGCUGGGAUUUCCAUUUAGUUUCUCCAGUCUGCUGAGUCUCUUCUUUUCCCUCUGCACAUCCCAGGGCCUCAGUACCUGGCUUCUAAGGCAGGUUUGUUAGAACAGCUCUCUGAUCUUCACACCAGUCUCAUUUAUUGAUAUCCUUGGCCUUGGGUGGUUUCAUUUUCAGUGCUUCAAGUAACAUCCUUGGGAGCUGUGGCCCCCGGCAAGACCUUAAAAUGUGGCCCUUCACACAGAGCUGUGGACACCUCGAUCCUUGGAGACAUUGAGUGCACCCCGUUAAGCACCAUCUCUCCCCAGGAGCAGCACAAGAGCACUGUCAUAAUUCAGGGAUCCUCAUGUUUCCCGGGUUUCAUUAGCACCCUUAGCUCUCAGGGAGGUGGAGGGGCUUCAUCUGUACUUUGCUUUGGGGGUUAGCACGCUGGGUCUGUGGUAGCCACCUGUUCUCAGUUACUCAGCCAUUCAGCUGCCCAGAGUAGGUGUGAGUUGUUAAGAAAAAAGUGUCAUGAUAGGUAUGUUUGGUCUACUCAAGUCAGGUUAGGCUGGAAAUGUUGGAUCAAGGGUUCCUGGUAAGAUGGAGGUUUUAGCUUUUCAGAA